AUGGAGUACCUUCCAAGUCUCCAGCAAGAGUUCGAUGAGCUCAAGCCUUCACUAUUCGAAUUGCUUGCGGAGCAACAGCUAUCAGACCUCCUCCCUCCGUCACUACGCUACAUCCUUGCCGUUGCUACACACCGUCAUCCUCGAUACUUGCUCCGGGUUUUGAACUCCUUCGAUGAAGUCUACGCCGUCCUCUCACUUAUCGUUGAACGGUACUAUUUGCGCAACUUCGGCGGCUCGUUCACAGAGAACUUCUACUCCCUCAAGCGCGAACGCGUUCUUUUGACGAAAAAUGGCGAGAUUCCUCGAGCCCAGCUCGGUGCGCCGGGCCCGGUCCGCGACAGCCUCAAGCUGCGUACACCAGAUGUGUGGAAGAAUCUCUUGAUUAUGGUGGGCGUUCCUUAUCUCAAGCGCAAGCUCGAUGAAGGCUACGACAUUCACGCCGCUCCACAAGCGUCGCUCCUAAUGAGCGGCGGGCCGCGAUAUAACCCAAGUGAUGACCUACCGCCUAGUCCGACAAUUCGUCAACGUUUUAUGCACGCCUACAAAUGGUUCCUGCGCAACGUCUACCCCUCCGUCAACGCAGCGUACUACUUCUCCAUCCUCGCAUUCAACCUCGCUUACCUCUUCGACAACACCAAAUACUCUUCUCCAUUCCUUUGGUUGAUUGGCUCGCGAAUACGCCGCCUCAGCUCCGCGGACCACCAUGCCAUAGCCAAGAUCCUGGAAGGAAACCCUCAGAACCCGCGCGGGGCGCGAAGCCGCCCCGGUUCAGGCCUACUAGGCCUCCUAAGCCCACAAAACAUCUACCCCCAACUCCUUACAUCCCUCCGCUACUUCCUCCCCGCAUCUAUCUUCGCCCUCAAAUUCCUCGAAUGGUGGCACGCAAGCGACUUUUCACGCCAACUAGCCCGCAAAGCCACCGACGCCCUAGAACUCCCAGCGCCCAUAACCAAGGGGAUGGUCCCGCCCUCAGAACGCAAACAGACGGCCAAGAGCGAGAAACAAGACCCCACCACAACAUCGCCUUCCCGUAAACCAGCCCUCAAGUCAUCACCGGCCAAGCGCAUCCAGCCACCCAUCUCCGCCUCCUCAUACCUCCCUAUUUUUACUGUUCCUCUCCCACCGGCCGGCUCAGACGCUGCCUCAUCAUGUCCCGUCUGCUUGAACCAGUUGACGAACCCCACAGCCUGCCAGACCGGCUACGUGUAUUGCUACGUAUGUAUCUUCCACUGGCUUAACGGAGAGCACCAGCGCCAGCUGGACUUCAUGAACGGGGACGGUGCUGGCGCUGCAUGGGAGGAUGACCUUGUCGAUGGCGAGGAUGGAAAUGGAGAGCGGGAUGAUGCAGACGCUGCGCGGCCGGGGAAGAGUCGGCAGGGAAAGUGGGAGAGUGGGAAGGGGAGAUGUCCGGUUACGGGGCGUAAGGUGUUGGGCGGGACUGAAGGGUUAAGGAGGGUCCUGAUUUAG